UAAAGCCCAAGAUCCAUCCUCUCUCUGCUGCAAUCCCUCUUCCUUUCUUUCACCACAGCGAAGGGUUUUGGAAAACCUCUCUGACUGUGAGCUGAGCUCAACGUGGAAAUGGCUGAAGAAAAACAAGUAAGCCAGAAAGUGGAAAGAGAAACGAAAUCAGAAAAUGAAAAUGAAGAAGCAACAGAGGAAGAAGAGCUUGAAGAGAAACGGAGCGAUACAAAAAGAAUGAAGCCAUGGGAGCAGCACGCAGCAGUCAUAAGCUUACCUCGCUUUGAUUACAAAGCACCGUCUGCUUUACUUCAGCGCUCUCACUCUGGCUUCCUUGUCACCUGCUCCAUCAAGAGGGAAAAAAGUGCGACCAAAGAAGUAAUAUCCAUCCUUGAAAAGUAUAUUGGGUCCUAUAACUGUGCAACCUCUGAAUGUUUGGAAAGCUCCAAUGCAAGCCAAACCACUAAGAGAAGGAAAACACAGAUUGAUGAAAUAGUUAGAACAAGUGCUGAAGGCAUGAAAAGCAAGAGCGUUAGUGAGGACACAGAUGGGCUUUCAAAAGAGAUGGAUGCAAUAGAAGAAAAAAGUUCUGUUCUUUCCCUGGUCAAGUUGACAAGGAGUGGUUUGCUUCUCCUGACCUUUGCAGGAGAAAAUUCUCCUGACACUGUAGAUAUAGUAUCAAAUAUUUUUCAGUGUCUGGAAUCUGGGAGUCUAAGGUCACCUCUAUGGUGUCAUCGCAUUUUCCCAAUCCAAUCUACAUGUCCUUUGGAUGAGAAGGAACUGCGAACAGUCGUAUCAAAGCUUGUUCUUCAAUUCAUGAAUGACAAAAAAAACAAACUUUCACAUCCUAUAAAGUUUGCAGUUGGUUAUAACAGAAGAGGUAUUGAAGAGAUGCAAGUGAAGUUUAUGAAGGAUUCUAAUAAGUGUUCUUUGUUGGACCGAAACAAAUGCUUUGAAAUUGUGGCUUCUGCGGUUAAAGAAGCGGUAUCAGAUUCAUCUGUUGACCUUAAGUCUCCAGAGCUUUCCAUUCUUGUUGAGUUGCUGCCUCUUUCGGGAGUGCCCAACGGAUCAUUAGUUGCUGCUGUCUCUGUUCUUCAUCAAAACCUCGUCAGUGUAAAGCCACGACUGUGCAUUAAGCCCCUCGUUUCUGAUGGCCAAGUGAAGAACGGACAGAGUUAGAAGUUAGUUUUUUGUUGCAGAAGAAUUGAAGGCAAUCAUGAAUAGUGGUCUUCUCAAUUUCAUGUCAUUCAUGCCUCGAGAGUGGGUAGUGAAAAAAUGCAUCAAUCAAUCUAAUUUACCCUCUCUUCCCCAGUCCCCACCUUAAACGCAAGCACAAUUCAUUCUUUGUGCCGGAUCAUUUGUUAUCCUUCUUUGCUUUUUUUUCUUUUCAUUUUGUUGUAGAAAGAAGAUGGACUAGUCCUCCAAACUCAGAAGUUAAAAUUUCAUUUUGGAAUUGCUA